CCUGCCCUGUCCCGCUUAUCGUCAACCCAAAAAUCGGCCCGACAACGCUUCUGAGAGUGUAUAGGGUUUCCGGAAACUACCGUACCGUCUCUGGAUUUUUUUCCUCAUGAAACCUUGAUUUCCGUUUGAUAUCAAGUAUGUGAUGGUUCUCGUCCUCGUCCUCCAAUCGGCGAUAAUUAGGGCUUUCGCGGUGUUUUUGUUCCUUGGGGUGAUUAUGGCGCCAACUGGCGAAGAAGAGGUGGAGUAUGAGAGUGAUCCUGAGGAGGUGAAGCGCUCCUUGGCAAUGAGGAGGAAAGAAGCGAGCGAUGACGAGGAUGAUGAAGCGGCUCGGGAGGAUGAUGAUGGCCAAGGAGGAGCUCUGAGGACUGAGAUUCAUUCGGAUGAAUCUGAUGGCCAGGGUGGUGUAGCAAAGUAUGAGAAUGAAGAUGAAGAAAGAUUGCUCAUGGAUGGUGAAGACGGGGAUGAUAUUUCUGAUGAAGAUGAAGAGUAUACUGAGGAAGGGUAUGCUGAAGGAGACUACGGCAUGGAACAUGUGGCUGGCAGAUUGCAGGGUAAUAUGAUGAAGGCAGUGGAGGGUGAUAGGACGAAUGGGGAAGAGGCUAUGAAGGGGCAUGCGGCAGUUCAUGUAGAAGAAGAGGAAGAAAAGGAAAAGGGACCGUUCUCCGUGCCCACCGCUGGAGCAUUUUAUAUGCAUGAUGACAGAUUUCAGGAAAAGUCUGGUGGCCGACACAGGCGAAUGCACGGUGGAAGGAGGCUCUGGGAAUCCAAAGAUGACAGAAAAUGGGGACAUGACAAAUUUGAGGAAAUGGAUUCACCUCAAAAGCAAUAUGAGCGGCGGAGGACUUCUAGGGGCGGAUUUAGAGGACGUGGUUGGACUAGGGGAGAGGAGCAUGGAUACAAUAGAGGGAGCAGUUCUAAGAAAUUUAGCGACAAUGGGAAUCAAAACCAGUUUUCUAAAUCUGUCACUAGAGGGAGAGGGCCCAGAAAAUAUGAGACCACCUUGAGAAACGGAAAUCAAGCAUCUUCUGGCCGAAACAAGCAAUCAUGGAAUUCUCUUGAGAAAAAGUCUCACCUUGAUUUAGGGCGUGCACCAACAGCCACAGCUAGCUCUGACAUUGAAGCCGGUCAUGCAAAAAAGGAUGUAGCUGUUUCUAUUCUGAAUUCAGCCUCUCCUCCAUUUUAUCCUUCAGGGUCCUCCAAUAGCUUAGCACAGAAGGAUAUUCAAGUUGGCAUGGGAAGACUGCACAUGAAUGAAAGCAGUUCGCCUACUGGAAGGAGUUUUGGGAAUACAAAAAUUUCUUCUUCUGCAUCUUCAUCAGUCGGUACCGAUCAGACCGCUCAGUCCAUGAGUCAAGCUUCUAAAGGGAGUGGCCAAAGCUCUCUUCGGCCUUCUGCUCAGGCUGUUGAUCAACCCUCUGCUGUUGUUAGACUACUGGCUUCCUCUCCACCAAAAGCAAGCUCGUCGAAAAGUCUGUAUGCUUCUGCUGAAAUGAAAUCUGCCUCAGAAUCAGAUGCUUUGGUUGCAAAGGGAAAAGGAGCCCUCCAGCCUAGUGGAAGCCCCUUUCUGUAUGGUGGGACUCAAGUUAUGGGGCCUGCAGGGAGUCUAGCAAUGGGCCAUGGCAACCCUAAUUUUCCAGCUUUUUUGCCCCUUAUGCCAUUUGGUGGUCAGCAAGGUGGGGUCCCCACUUUUGGCAUGGCUUUUCCAGGAUAUGUCCAACCGGAACAUGGUUUAGGAAACCCCGAGAUGACAUGGCUGCCAAUUUUGACUGGUCCGGGAGCUCUAGGGGCUACGUACUGUCCGCCAUAUGCUGAUGUUGAUGGUUCUAACCAAGCGAGCAGGCCAGGGCUAUAUUCUGCAGGAUCCUCCAGCAAAGAAAACAGUACUAAUAAGCCUGAUAAUGAACAGAAAGCCUCACAGAGACCUGAGGCCACAAACAAUGGGAUUCUGCAGCGGCAGAACAACUCAAGCAAGCAGCCUCGCAGAUACUCAGAGAUGAACUUUAGCAAGUGAUUACAUUUUGUCUUUACUAUAUGAAACGAAAGGAGGGUCCUCUUGAAUGAAUAAGGCGAUGAAAGGAGGUUUAUAGAAAGCUUUGUAGAGCCUCCUCCCAGGCCCGUUUGGGCUGCAAUUGUUACUGGAUUUCUUAGGGUUUUGAAAUUUGGAAAUUCCAAUUGAAACCAGAGAAAGGAGGAUCUGGAUGGCUUUGGGCAGUGGUCAAUGCCGUGUUCAAGUCAGACGACCAUUGUCGGACUUGAUGGGUCAUUUAGAUCUUUAUGGUUCUUCUUUAUGGGUUUAAGAGUUUUUGGUCAAAUAUAUGCAUUCCGUGAGUUGAAGACCAGACUUCUUUUUUAGUGGUCUUUGAAGUUUCUGUCUGUUUAAUACAAUAAUAUGUAAUUCUUGAUUUUAUGUCUUUCUUCGGUGGAUUUUCCCCCCCUUUUUGUCUUAGUGCUUUGAUGAGUUUUGGUUCUGUGGUUUUUUGCUUUCUCCGCGUUUGGGUUUUUGUCAUUGUGGCCCAAUAUUAUUGGGAUAUGUAUUGUUUAAAUUACUUAAUGAGUAAAAGGGAAAAAUUGCAAAAAUAA